AUGAUAAGCUGUGAUUUUCUUACAAAAAUUCAUGAUGCAUUAGUGGAUGCCAAAGAUAACACAGCACCAUUUGGAGGGAUGAACAUUAUCUUUGCAGGAGAUUUUGCUCAGCUAUCACCUGUGAGUGGCAAACAAUUAUAUGCCCACCUUGACCUCAGACGCUGUGCAACAACACAGGGACAAAAGAGCAUAUUUGGCAGACUCCUCUGGCUAUCAACAAACACUGUGGUAUUAUUAACAAAGAUAAUGCAUCAAUCAGGUUCAGAGAAUGAACGAUUUGUCGACUGUCUAACACGUCUGCGUCAUACAGAUGAUUGUGAAUGGAUAGAUGCACCAAUCAUUGUCUGUGACAAUGAGAGCAAAGAUGAACUCAACAUUAGAAUGACAACAGCAUUUGCACGAAGAACAGGACACACUCUUCAUUGGUACCACUGCACAGAU